ACGAAGCGAUGAACGCACUCUGACGGUCUUGCCACUACAAAUAAGCCGCACCGCAUUUCGGAAGGCCACGCGACCGCCACCUCCCCGAAGCUGCCGCGACCGAUCGAGCGAAGCGUCGCUCCCCGCGCCGCCGCCAAAACCCUAGCUUCUCCUACUCCAUGGCCACUGUCUCGCUCACCCCGCAGGCUGUCUUCUCCACGGAGUCCGGUGGCGCCCUGGCCUCUGCUACCAUCCUCCGCUUUCCGCCAAACUUUGUCCGCCAGCUUAGCACCAAGGCACGCCGCAACUGCAGCAACAUCGGCGUCGCGCAGAUCGUCGCCGCCGCGUGGUCCGACUGCCCCGCCGCUCGCCCCCACUUAGGCGGCGGCGGCCGCCGCGCCCGCGGCGUGGCCUCCUCCCACGCCGCGGCUGCAUCGGCCGCCGCCGCCGCCUCCGCGGCGGCGGAGGUCAGCGCAAUUCCCAACGCUAAGGUUGCGCAACCGUCCGCCGUCGUCUUGGCCGAGCGUAACCUGCUCGGCUCCGACGCCAGCCUCGCCGUCCACGCGGGGGAGAGGCUGGGAAGAAGGAUCGCCACGGAUGCGAUCACCACACCGGUAGUGAACACGUCGGCCUACUGGUUCAACAACUCGCAAGAGCUAAUCGACUUUAAGGAGGGGAGGCAUGCUAGCUUCGAGUAUGGGAGGUAUGGGAACCCGACCACGGAGGCAUUAGAGAAGAAGAUGAGCGCACUGGAGAAAGCAGAGUCCACAGUGUUCGUGGCAUCGGGGAUGUAUGCAGCUGUGGCUAUGCUCAGUGCACUUGUUCCGGCUGGUGGGCACAUUGUGACCACCACGGAUUGCUACCGGAAAACAAGGAUUUACAUGGAAACUGAGCUCCCCAAGAGGGGAAUUUCGAUGACUGUCAUUAGGCCUGCUGACAUGGAUGCUCUACAAAAUGCGUUGGACAACAAUAAUGUAUCUCUUUUCUUCACGGAGACUCCCACAAAUCCAUUUCUCAGAUGCAUUGAUAUUGAACAUGUAUCAAAUAUGUGCCAUAGCAAGGGAGCGUUGCUUUGUAUCGACAGUACUUUUGCCUCCCCUAUCAAUCAGAAGGCACUGACUUUAGGCGCUGACCUAGUUAUUCAUUCUGCAACAAAGUACAUUGCUGGACACAACGAUGUUAUUGGAGGAUGCGUCAGUGGCAGAGAUGAGUUGGUUUCCAAAGUCCGUAUUUAUCACCAUGUGGUUGGUGGUGUUCUAAACCCGAAUGCUGCGUACCUUAUCCUUCGAGGCAUGAAAACACUUCAUCUCCGUGUGCAAUGUCAGAAUAACACUGCUCUUCGGAUGGCCCAGUUUUUAGAGGAACAUCUAAAGAUUGCCCGUGUCUACUAUCCUGGCUUGCCUAGCCACCCUGAACAUCACAUUGCCAAGAGUCAAAUGACUGGCUUUGGUGGUGUGGUUAGUUUUGAGGUUGCUGGAGACUUUGAUGCCACAAGGAAAUUCAUCGAUUCUGUUAAGAUACCCUAUCAUGCCCCUUCUUUCGGAGGCUGUGAGAGCAUAAUUGAUCAGCCUGCUAUCAUGUCCUACUGCUCUGUGGCUUAUAAACAGGGAUUCAAAGGAGCAGAGGGACAUCUAUGGGAUCAAGGACAACCUGAUCAGGUUCAGCAUUGGAGUGGAGGAUUUUGAGGACCUUAAGAAUGAUCUUGUUCAGGCCCUCGAGAAGAUAUAAGCUCCAAUCCAUUUGCAUUAAUAAAGUUAUGAGGUGAUGGUUGUCUGGAUCUUGUAGAGAUUUGUGAUGAUACAUGAGCUGUUGACUGCGAUUAAGUUCUCUUGUGCUUAUUUUAUUCUUUGAAUUCAAUAAGCUGUGGUUGCUGCAUCUUGCAUGUAGUGUUGGACUUAAUUUUACUUGUCAAAUUACAAUAGUUUGGUCCCAUGUACUUGUGUCCGCGCCUCCGCGGUUGUGCCCCUAGUGUUUUUGUGUCAUUUGCUGUGUAGUGUGAGAUUAAGGCACGAUGUCCUUAAUCACCAUAAUAAAUCCAUGCCUUAAAUGUAAGGAUCUGGUUGGAAUGAUAAAGUGCGGUUGAAGAAAGAACUAUAUAUAAUUUUUCUCA